CCAAAGGAAAAAAAAAGCUUAGAGAAAUUCUAUGCAUUUACGUGGUUCGCCCAUCCACAUACUCUGCCAGACUCUAUUGAUGUUACGAGCCAGAGCGAACCCAUUAUCCAAGCCAGCAUGUCGGACGAAAUUAUCUGGCAGGUCAUCGACAAGCAGUUCUGCAGUUUCAAGCUGAAAACCACCAAAGAGAGGAAUUUCUGCCGAAACGAAUACAAUGUAACUGGUCUCUGCAAUAGACAGGCCUGUCCCCUGGCCAAUUCCCGCUAUGCCACCGUUCGAGCGCACCCCACCAAGGGCACGCUGUACCUAUACAUGAAGACCAUUGAACGGGCACACAUGCCGUCCAAGCUAUGGCAACGAAUCAAGUUGUCACAAAACUACGCCACCGCCCUGAAGCAGAUCGACGAGCAUCUAAUCUAUUGGCCCAAGUUCUUGAUCCACAAAGCGAAGCAACGGGUGACUAGACUGACGCAAGUCGCAAUACGGAUGAGGAGGCUCGCCAAGGAAGACGAACGGUUGGGUGAGAAGCUUGUACCUAAGCUAGCACCGAAGAUCCGGCGACGAGAAGAGACCCGAGAGCGCAAGGCAGAAGCAGCGGCCAAGUUGGAGCGCACCAUUGAGCGCGAGCUCAUGCAGAGGUUGCGCGAGGGCACGUACGGCGAGCAACCGCUCAACGUCAGCGAGACUAUAUGGAAGAAGGUGCUCAAUGCUAUGGAGCGCGAGGGCGAGGGAACGAGAGACAAGGAUCUGGAUACGGGUAUAGAAGACGAGGACGGAGAAGACGAGCAGGAGGAGGAGCUAGAAGAGGAACAGGAGCAGGAGGAGGACGUAGCCGACGGAGCCGUCGAAUACGUCAGCGACUUUGACGAAAGCGAAGACGACCUGGAGGAUAUCGAGGAUUGGCUAGAGAGCGAUCAAUCGGAAAAGGAGGCCGAAUCGGACAGCGAAGAGGGCGAGGACGAGGAGCAAGAAAAGAAGGCGGCUGGAGAUAAGCGGAAGCGGGCGCGGGUUAUCCGCGCGAAACCGAAGAAGGCAGCUCGGCGUAGAGGAGAGUUCGAGCACGAGACCGAGUUUGAGCGACAAAGGGCGGAGCUCGCCUUCUAGCACGCGCCUGAGGAUUAGGUUUAUGGGAAUAUGCCAAACAACUCGUCUAGUUGCCUCGGGAUGCCGUAUAAGUUUUGAUACCCUUGUGUUCGGUAGCUGGGAGCUAUCGAUUCCUGCCGCGAGACACACACCCAAUACGAUCUUACCUCUUUUCCUUCGUGUCAGAUCUAGGCUGAACCAAGAAGGUCAUAGAAGGCAUCGAGCGCCGCGUAUGAUUUUAUUUAAAACCGGCUUACCCUCAUCCUGAGUCAUUCUGCAUUCUGUCGUAGAUUCAUUGACAUGUUUUUGUAUGUAAUGGCCCGGCGCCAACCAGGCCAGAAAAAGGGUUUCGAGAGGGGACCGAAACUAAGGGGGAGGGGGAGACAUUUAACGGGCUUAAUUACCACAUAGUAUUAUAGGUAACAAGAUAUAGGUACCUUAGGCCAGCUUGUGCUGUCGCAACAAUAAAUGCUAUUUACC